AUGCGUCUCCUCUCCGCUCUGCUCCUGGCCGAGACAGCCGGCGCCCUCACAGACAUCGAGCACAAACCCUUUAUGCGCAAGAACAUCGACCCCAUAGUCUCCCCCGGGAAGUACAUCUCGCACAUGCACUCCUUCUACGGCUCCGAUGUCAUCACCAAGGACCUGCCCACCACCGCCCAGCUGCAAAAGGGCUGUCCAUCAGGCGAGAACCCCAACGACCUCUCCAUCUACUGGGCGCCCACUCUCUACUACGUCAACGGAAACAACUACACGGAAAUCUACCCCGCCACCUUCAAGACGUACUACGAGCAGAUCGACCACGCCGAGAUCCCCUUCCCCGCCAACUUCCGCGUCGUAGCCGGUAACGCCUCAGCGAAAGCCCAGUCCGACGUCGAUGAGCGCGUCACGGCUUUGACCUGGUGGUGCGAUGGUAACGGGCCUGAGGACCGUAAUUCGAGGCCGAGAGCGGCCUUUCCGAGACAGACGUGUAGUGCCCAUAUGCAGGCUAUUCUGAGGUUCCCGGAUUGUGUCAACCCGGAUAAGGUGGAGGAGUAUGCGUAUGCAAGCCAGAACGGCGGGAGGUGUCCGGGGAAGAUGAAGAGGAUGCCGAGUCUGAGGUUUAGUAUUGGCGAUGGAUAUUGCUUCCAUGGUGACUUUAUCAACGGGUGGUUUGAAGAUGCGGCCAAGAACAUGCUAAAGGCCAAAGGACAGACCUUCAUGAGGAUUGAUGGAGCUCAUGGAAACGGAAAGCAGUAUAGUAAGUGCAAGGCUAGGGAUGCGGAUCUGGAGAACGGGACGAGCGACUACUUGAAGAGUCUGGAGAUGAUGCAUGGACAUAUGAAAAAGAAGGAACGGACGUGGGAGGCUUAA